AUGUCAUUCAAGUUCUGUGCAGAAUGCAACAACAUGCUUUACCCGAAGGAGGACAAGGCGAACAGGAGACUUCUCUACCAGUGCAGAAACUGCUCGUAUUCGGAGCUCGCGGACUCUGCGUGCGUGUACAGACACGAGUUGAUUACGAACAUCGGUGAGACUGCUGGUGUGGUGGACGACAUCGGGUCGGACCCGAAGCUCCCGCGGUCGGACAAGAUCUGUCCAAAGUGCCACAACAACGAGUGUGUGUUUUUCCAGAGUCAACAGAGGCGUAAGGACACGUCGAUGGUGUUGUUCUACGUGUGUCUCGAGUGCAAGAACGUUUUCCGAAGUGACGAGUCGUAG